AGUUUCUUCAGACUCUUGUUUUGUCAGUCCGUUUAACCAGGCUAUCGAGCUGAAGGUGAAGACUGACUGUUUCACAUUGCAUUAGAAAGACAGCAUGCUACAUGAUGUCUCAGUCAACCCUGAGAGUUAUUGCAGAAAAUACAGGUCAAGAUUUGCUUCUGGGUUAUAGGUGCCUCUGACAGUUUCCUGUCUAAGGCUCCGAGGAAGGGGAUCCUCAAAGAUCAUCGCAGAAAUCUUUUUCUGGGAUAGUCACCAUGUGAAAUGUCCUGGGGGAAGUAGGUAAACAAUAAUGUGGCUCUGGGCACUCCUUCCAAUCUGCUUGGCGGUGUUUGGCACUGUGGGAAUAUGGGUGGUGUUCGGUAUCGCUGUAUCAAAUGAGACUGUUAAUAUCACAGCGAGAUUCCCCUACAUCAGUGAAUGUGGCACCUAUGAUCCACAGAGCUGUAUAUUUUCCCAGGUCUGCAACAUCUGUGCUGUCUUGAUCCUGUGGGUUGUGGUGAUCCGGUUUCAGCAGGUCAGGGACUAUGGUCAGAACAGCAAGGUGAACAUCGCCAGUAUCGUACUGGGCUUCAUCUCAUCUCUGGGCAUCUCCAUCCUCGGCAGCUUUCGGCAAUCUGUGUUGUUUGGCAUCCAUGUGUUCGGGGCUUUUCUGGCCUUCUUUGUGGGCCUGGCCUACUUCUGGUUGCAGGUGUGGCUCACCUAUAAAGUCCAGCCCUCUAAAGACCGUCGCUGGAUGGGGCCUCUCAGAGCUGCCCUCUGUAGCAUCUGCACCAUCUUGGUCAUCACCACCAUCGGUCUACUCUUUGAUACUGGCUACCGCUCAAUGGCGUCCAUUUCUGAGUGGGCUCUGGUCAUGUGCUUCUUUGUCCUAUUUGGCCUCUUUGCAUCCGAGUUCCGUCACAUCGACCAUCACCAGCUCACCGUGCAGAACCAAGGCCUCAGCAAGACCCAGAGCAUCAACAGUGGUGGGAUCAUAAUGUACAAUAGUACAGCCAACAGAACAUUUGAACAUUCAGCUCUGACUGAUGAAGCUCCACUUAAGUGUACAUAUUUGAAACCUAUUGUUGAAUAAAAUGCUACUCUUUUUCUUUAAUAAAAUACUACGGUCUUUGAUGCGGCA